AUGGCAGGGCUAACACAGGCGGACAUCACGGAGGAGGCCAUUCAUGCCGAGGAGAUGCGACUGCAGGAGUGUAAGGCAAGGUCUGAGGAGCUGCAAGAACGGCUUCGGUGCCUCCAGAAGGAGGUCAACGCCGCCAAUGAGCAAUGCGUGAGUAUCGCCAACGCCCUCCAGUGGCGUCGCCUGAUGGCAGAGGUAGAGAAAGUUGAGGCUGCCUCCUCAAUAACAACAGCGAUGACAGCGGCAGCAAAGGAGUUCCGUGAAAGUCUGACGCCACCGCCCGACUACGACGAGGCACAUGAAGGCAUUCCGUUCAUGGACACCGACGAUUAUGCAGAUCUGUCACCCAUAGAGGGUCUCAUCGAAGAUUUUUUAGAAAGAAUAUCUGAUCUCGUGCGAGGAGAUGGUGAUGACGGGAGUACGGAUGGUGAUGAGAGUGUUAAAGCUGGGGGUGAUGCGUCGGUGCGGCACCGUCAUGCUAUGCUCAUGCUACUCGUGCUGACCGUUAAUAUGGGGCAGCUCGACACGGAGCUGGUCGACGUGCCGGAGGCUGACGUCGCUGCUGAGAUGGAGGAGCUGAGGGAGAGCGUGGCGGGGAUGUGGCAGCACCUACUGUACACCGACAGUGGCUUUACAGAUGCGGAGAAAGAGGAGUGGACGCACGUGUUGAGGACGUUCGUGGGGGCACCUUACGACGCAGCAGCAUGA